CAAAAAUCCCUGCAGGAUCAUUUUCACUGUUUUUAAUUACCUAGAAAAAUCAAUGCUUACAACAGCUUUUACCCAUUAUCUAUGUCAAUUCUAAAAUGUUUUAUUUUAUUUUUUUGUUCUCUCUCUUCACAGACGGUGCAGACGGAGCGGGAUCAUCCAGGCAUGAAGACGACUGACAGACAAAUGGCAGAGGGUGUGAAGGAAUAAUGGCCAACAAGUCUCUCCCCAUGAUCGUCCUGGACCUCACCACGGUCCCGUGGGGGCCUCAGCCUACGGUCCCCGCUGACGCCAAUGUUGUCACGAGCUCGCAGUCCCAGAUCAAAGACCUGUUUGGGUUGCUCUGCAUGGUGACCCUUAACCUCAUCGCUUUAUUGGCCAACACCGGUAUGAUGGUGGCCAUCGCACGAGCUCCUCACGUGAAGAGGUUUGCUCUGGUGUGUCAUCUGUGUGCAGUGGACCUGGUGUGUGCCAUCCUCCUCAUGCCACUGGGCAUCAUUUCCAGCUCGGCCUUCUUUGGCACUGUGGUGUUCACGGUACUGGAAUGUCAGGUUUACAUCUUCCUUAAUGUUUUCCUCAUCUGCCUGUCCAUCCUCACCAUCACGGCCAUCAGCGUGGAGCGCUACUUUUACAUCGUGCACCCAAUGCGUUACGAGGUCAAAAUGACCAUCAACUUGGCCGUGGGCGUGAUGCUCCUCAUCUGGGUCAAGUCUCUUCUCCUGGCUAUCGUCACCAUGUUUGGGUGGCCAGCUUAUGGACCGCAGAGCUCCAUCGCGGCGGCUCACUGCUCCCUCCACGCCAGCCACAGUCGUCUGAGAAGGCCAUUCGCCGUCCUCUUCAGCGUGGUCUGUUUCCUGGUUCCCGCAGCAGUUAUUUUUGCAGUCUACCAGCGGGUGCCUGGACCGACGUGGGCGAACAACAACAACGCUGAAAAAGACCGCUCAGACUCCAUCAACAGCCAGACGACCAUCAUCACCAGCCGCAACCUGCCCCAGAUAUUGUCCCCGGAGAGGGCUUUUAGCGGGGGCAAAGCUGCGUUGACUUUGGUGUUUAUAGUGGGCCAGUUCUUGGUGUGUUGGUUGCCUUACUUUAUCUUCCACCUGCAGAUGUCUCUGAGCGGCUCCAUGCAGAGUCCUGGAGACUUGGAGGAGGCGGUCACCUGGUUGGCCUACUCCUCCUUCGCGGUCAAUCCGUUCUUCUACGGCCUGUUGAACAGACAGAUCAGAGAAGAGCUGGUAAAGUUUCGGCGCUGCUGCCUGACUCAGCCCGCCGAGUUUGGGGCGUCCAGCCACGAGGGCUCCCUUCAAGACAACAUCCUCCAGUUCAUCCAGAGAACCAGCAGCUCCACUGAAAACCACUCCAACUGUAAGAACCCCAGUCCCAGAAACACUUUAGACCACGGGGCAAACAUCCCUGGACAAAUACCUGAUGGAAAUCCCUAAACAA